ACCACGAGUGUAUCUCAACAACAACAACAACAACAAUCACAGACUCGUCGUGUAGUACCUAAACCUGUUGCUAUUCUACCUAAACCCAAGACAGCAACUACCACCACCACCACCACCACCACCCCUAUUCCUAUCGCUAUCGCUCCAAGACCUGCUAGUAUGGUAACAUCAUCACAACUUCCUUCGCCUUUGAAACGUAAAAUAAAUGAAACAGAUGAAGCUGCACUUAAACGUCAAAAGAAUACAGAUGCUGCACGUAGAUCCAGACUUAAGAAGUUGAUCAAGAUGGAGAAUUUGGAAAAGCAAGUAAGUGAACUUGAGGGUGAUAAUGCCCGACUUACGACCCGUGUUGCCGUGCUUGAGUCGGAGAAAGGAGCUCUUAUUGAAAAAGAUAAAACGCUUGAAGAACGAAUUCGAACGCUUGAAGCACAAUUAGCUGAAGCCCACAGAGCCCUUACAGCAAAAUGCAAAGACUAAAUAAAUAUGUAUACAUGUAUAUUUAUAAAUAUAUAUAUACAUGUAUUCUCAAGAGAGAUAUAUACACAUAUUUAUAUAGAAUUCAUUUUCAAUUUUAUUUAAAUUAUGAAUAAAUGACUAUUAAAAAAAAAAAA